AUGUGUUGCAAUUGUUGCAGUGUCACCCAACGCAAGGCCUGGGUAUAUGGUUCGGGUACCAUAACAGCUGCCCUGGGCAUUUUACUACUUGUUAUGUGGCCCAGCUGGUCGGAAACCCUCGUCAAUAAUAAUCUAAUCUUGGUCCCAGGCAGUGAAAGCUAUGACAGUUGGAUCGAAGCUCCCAUACCCAUUUAUCUCAGUUUCUAUAUGUUCAAUUGGACCAAUCCCGAAGAAGUCAAUAAUCCCAAUGUAAAGCCAAAUUUUGUUGAAUUGGGUCCCUAUGUUUAUUUAGAGAAGCAUCACAAGGAGAAUUUAACACAUCACGACAAUGGCACGGUGACCUACUAUGAAAGGCGUACCUGGUAUUUUGAUGCGGAGAGGUCAAAUGGCCGUGAGGAUGAUUUGAUUACCACAGCGCAUCCCAUUACAGCUACCGUUGCCGAUGAAAUGCGCCACUCUAACAAAUUAAUUAAAAAAGUCAUCAAUUUCAUGUUGAAUCGUGAGGGUGGCAUGUUGUACACAACAAAAAAGGCUGGCGAUUGGAUAUUCCACGGCUAUGAGGAUAGACUUAUUGAUUUCCUGAAUCUUUUCAAUACCUCCAAAAUUAAUAUCCCCUAUACGAAAUUUGCCUGGUUGGCUGAUCGUAAUCAAUCCUUGGAUUAUGAUGGUUCAUUUACCAUUUACACGGGUGAAACAGACCUUUCGAAAUUGGGCGAACUGACACAUUGGAAUAAUAAUAAUGAAACUGGCUGGUAUCCGGCACCAUGUGGCACUGUGAAUGGCACGACCGGAGAUUCUUUCCCACCCCAUCUAGAUGUUAAGGAGGAGUUAACUCUCUUCGUUACGGACACUUGUCGUUUUAUGAAUCUAAAACCGAAUGGUACAAUUGAACGUUUUGGUCUAACGGCCACUGAAUGGGUUGGCACCGAGGAGACUCUAGAUUCGGGAGAGAAUUUCCCCAAUCAACAAUGUUUCUGUGAUCCCAAAAUGGAGGUGUGUCCCAAAACGGGUGUGGUAGAUUGUAAGAAAUGUCGUGAAAAUGCUCCCAUCUAUGCCUCAUUCCCUCACUUCUAUUUGGCCGAUGAAUCGUAUAGAAAUGCCAUUACCGGUAUGAAUCCUGAUUAUGAGAAGCACAGAUUCCGUGUUGCCGUCGAACCAACCACUGGUAUUCCAUUGCAAAUUGAUGGUCGUGUUCAAAUUAAUUUAAUGAUAACACGUGAUAAAGAUUAUGAUAUUUAUCGCAAUGUCAAUGAAUUCCUGAUGCCCCUAUUUUGGUUUGAACAAUCCGCUCCAUUGACAGAGGAAUUUGCCAAAAAAGCUAAGCUCCUAAUCAAUUUGGAAUCCUAUGGUCGCUACCUUGGCAUUGCCCUAACAUGUUUGGGUGGUAUUUUCUUCAUCACCGGCAUUACUUUGACAUUGACAAAACGUUGGAAACGUUCGGCCAACGAUGAUGAGGAUAUGUUAACCAAUUAAAAACAAAAAAA